AUGGCACCAAUUACCGACGACGUUGUUUCCGGUCUGAAGGACACCAUCGGCAAGCUGGAGGCUCGUGUGGUCGAGCUGGAGAGCCGCUUGACCGGCAGCAGCAGCAGCAAGCCCAUGUCUAUGUCUGAGCAGAUCCGUGUCAUUCUGAUGGGUCCACCUGGUGCUGGCAAGGGUACCCAGGCCCCCAACAUCAAGGACAAGUACUGCGCAUGCCACUUGGCCACGGGAGACAUGCUGCGCUCGCAGGUCGCAAAGAAGACUGAGCUCGGCAAGGAGGCCAAGAAGAUCAUGGACCAGGGUGGUCUGGUCAGCGACGAGAUCAUGGUCAACAUGAUCAAGAGCGAGUUGGACAACAACACCGAGUGCAAGAACGGUUUCAUUCUGGACGGUUUCCCCCGUACCGUUGCCCAGGCUGAGCGUCUGGACGAGAUGCUGGCCGCGCGCAAGCUUCCUCUCCAGCACGCCAUUGAGCUGCAGAUCGACGAUGCUCUGCUCGUGGCGCGUAUCACUGGCCGCCUGGUGCACCCUGCGUCGGGCCGCUCGUACCACAAGAUCUUCAACCCCCCCAAGAAGGACAUGGUGGACGAUGUCACCGGCGAGCCUCUGAUCCAGCGAUCCGACGACAACGCCGACACCCUCGGCAAGCGUCUUUCCACCUACCACGCCCAGACCGCCCCCGUCUGCGCCUACUACAAGAAGACUGGUAUCUGGCGUGGUAUUGAUGCCAGCCAAGAGCCCGGUCAGGUUUGGAAGAGCAUUCUCGGUGUCUUCAACAAGACCCAGUAA